GAGGAGCCGUUUGUCAUGGUGUCUGAAAACGUUCUGGGGAAACCGAAGAAAUACCAGGGCUUCUCAAUAGAUGUGUUGGAGGCUUUGGCCAAUUACCUUGGCUUUAAAUACGAAAUUUAUGUUGCACCAGAUCACAAGUAUGGAAGUCCUCAGGAUGAUGGAUCAUGGAAUGGACUGAUAGGAGAACUAGUAUUUAAGAGAGCUGACAUAGGGAUCUCUGCCUUAACCAUCACCCCCGAUCGGGAGAACGUGGUGGACUUCACGACGCGCUACAUGGACUACUCGGUGGGCGUGCUGCUCCGGAAGGCGGAGAAGACGGUGGACAUGUUUGCGUGCCUGGCGCCGUUCGACCUCUCCCUGUGGGCCUGCAUAGCUGGCACGGUGCUGCUGGUGGGGCUCCUGGUCUACCUCUUGAACUGGCUCAACCCUCCGCGCCUUCAGAUGGGAUCCAUGACCUCCACCACGCUCUACAACUCCAUGUGGUUCGUGUACGGAUCCUUUGUGCAACAAG